AUGACCUAUGCUGACCUUAGGGAUUCUUCUAUUCAUGUCUAUAUAGCUCUUGGUUCUGGCAUUCUUUUCACAUACCCAGAAAUAGCCACGAUUGCUGGCGUGCAGGGGCUAGUCGUGUAUGGACUAGCAUCCUCGCUACCUCUAUUAGUUUUUGGAUUCCUAGGACCAAUUAUUCGGAAAAAAUGCCCGGACGGUUUCGUCUUGACGGAGUGGACCCGACAAAGAUAUGGAGUUGUCGCCGCUGUGUACUUGAGCAUCUUGACCUUGAUCACUCUAUUUCUUUAUAUGGUUGCUGAACUGUCUGCGCUGCAGCAAAUUAUCAAUGCGCUUACUGGAUUAAAUGGACUCCCAGUAGUUAUUGUGCAAGUUAUCGUGACCACCAUCUACACUUCGCUAGGUGGUUUCAAGGUGUCGUUUAUGACCGACAAUAUUCAAGGGGUUAUGGUCCUUGGCCUCAUCAUCAUUGCAGUCGUUACUGUUGGCACCAAGACCAACAUUGAUCGCUCCUUAAUUGACUCGUCCGGAUACCUGAAUUCCUCCCUUCUUGGCUGGCAACUCAUUUAUAUUCUUCCCAUCGCCAUUCUGACAAACGACUUCUUUCUUUCCAGCUUUUGGCUCCGUACCUUCGCUUCUAAGACGGACCGAGAUCUUCGAAUUGGUGUUUCUAUUGCAAGCUUUGCGGUACUAUGCAUUCUUGUUCUGGUUGGAUCCACGGGCCUUCUGGCGGCCUGGUCCGGUGCCUGGCCAGGAAAUCCGCCGCAGAGCGGCUCGAUCGCUUUCUUCCUUCUGUUGGAAAAACUACCAAGCUGGGUGGUCGGGAUAGUCCUUGUCAUGACUGUUGCUCUUAGUACUGCAGCUUUUGACAGUCUCCAGUCCGCCAUGGUCAGCACCGCAAGUAAUGAUUUGUUCCGCAACAAACUAUCUCUAAUAUUUAUCCGUAUCGGGGUGGUACUGUGCAUUGUACCAGUGGUGAUUGUUGCCUUAAAAUCCCCCAGCGUGUUGCAGAUAUUCCUGAUAUCUGAUCUUGUUUCGGCUUCUGCAAUACCUGUUUUAGUGAUGGGCUUGUCAGAAAGAUGUUACUUUUGGUCAGGCCUUGAAGUUGUUGUUGGGGGGCUAGGAGGCAUAUUUUCUGUCUUUAUUUUCGGGUCCAUCUAUUAUGGUAGUGCAUACAAGGGCGGCCGGUUAAUCUUGCUGGAAAAUGGUCUCUAUGCCAAUGAUUGGAGCGUAUUUGGUGCAUUUGUCGCUGCGCCUGUUGGCGGCUUUAUAUUCUCCGUUAUUGCCUUUGCGCUACGGGUUGGCGUUCAGUUCAUGUACGCUAGAGCCCGCGGCAAACGUUUUGAUGUAUUCGAUAAACCGGUCAGACCUGUGAGUAGAGAUGAUGAUCUGAAUGGAGCCUUGGGUCCGGCCGAUGACAUUCGCGAUGAAGAAGGCGGCAAGCCCCAAACUAAUCCCCUAUGGGUUAAUGACAGAAAGAAUGGACAGCAAGGGCGGUGGUGA